CGCAUUGUGUCCGGAAGGUGAUAAAACAAUACAUUUUCGGUUGUUCGUCACUCAUACGGUGAUAUUUGAAAGCGUUGCUUUACUCAGUAAAGUAACGCAUCAGUAAAGAAAAUGUGCCACCCCUAAUAGAGAUACUAAAUUAAAAGAAAAAUGUAGCUGAUAGUGCUGGUCCAUUUAAACGAUCGUCAAAAAUUAUUUUGCCCUAAAAAAAAAAGAUUUCUUUCUGAACAACAAAAGGUGACUACAACAGAAAAAGUAAAAUUUAAAUUUCUUUUUCUCUAUUAAUUAAAGUAAAGAAUAUUUUUGUAAUGCAUCAAUUGUUAACUUUUGGAAACAAUAAACUCAAUAUUAAAAAAAAGUGGCUACAACGUCCGAUAUACCCCCUUGGCUGUAAAUCUAGCAUCAAAUGAAAUAAAAUGUCUGUAUGCAUGUCUCUUCAUACGCACACUCUAAAAAAAAAGGUAUCCUAAAAAUCCAAAAAAAGGGUAUCUGCAUUUGUAACUAAUAAGAACCAAUUUGCGUGUCUUAGAACACCUUUAGGUUUUCUAGGUAACGUUUACGGGUAUUUAAACCCGAUGUUCUUUUUAAGUCGCUGGUAAUAAAUCAAAACGACUUAGUAAAAUACUAACGAAAAAGAAAUAAUUUUAUGUAAUAUUUUCAAACAUAUUAUAUGUUUGAAAAUACCAAACUUGGAUUUUACUCUGGAGAAAAUCCCCUUUUGGCACUGUAAAUAGAAAGAACGUUAAAAGCUCGCAUAUAUGCGCAUCAAGGCUCGGCAACAAAAGCUUGUCGCUUUCAGAAGUUAUCUAAGAUGGGUAUGACUUUAAAAAAAGCUUGAAGGCAUGUUUGAAAAAGUUGAAUUUUUCUAAAGAAAAGCAUUAAAAUGUCCGGCUUUUACCCCAAAUAGGUAAAAAAUUGUGCUCUAGCCGAAUAUUAUAUUUUUGCAUUCUUUAUGAGACGCCUUCUGGAAAAAUAAGGAGCGACAUUACUGACGUUACUUUCUCUUCAAACAGCAGCACUAUUUCUUUAAUUUCCGCGCUAUCUCAAACAUUUUCAAACUACUUCUAAGUUCGCUUCGAAGAGGAGAUUUCUUCUUCCAUUGUAAAAAUUCGUAGCACAAUUUAAAAUUUUUAGUGCAGUUUAAUCGGUUCUCAAUGUUCAAAAAGAAAGGGAGACUGAAGACACAUCAAAACUUCGUGCACCUUUUUCAAAAGUUCUUAAAACAAAAAGGUAUCUGUAAUGCGAAUCUACGAGAAUUAGAUCCAAGGACGAGUUAAUGCUGUAAAUUUUGCCAAAAGUUUUUAAAUGCAUCUUUUUAGUUAAUUCAUGGCUACAAAGCCAUUUGGCGAUGAAAAUAGGCAUAAAAGCUAAGUGUAAAAGAUCUCGGUGGGAAUGAUAGCAAAGAAUCUAUAUCCUAAACACCAAAAAGGGUUUUUGUAAAGCAGAAAAACCAAGGGGAUCCUGCAAUACUAGUUCCAGUAUUUAAAAUACCGUUCUGGGUAUUUUGAAAAGAUCAACCGUACCUUACAGAAUCGAAAGAGUAUUUUAAGAAUGAAAAUACCCUUUUGGCAUCCUGCAAAACCAGUUUUGGUAUUUCAUAAAAAAAUUAUUUUAUUUUGAGAACAAAAACCAUUUUGGUACUUCGGGAUAUCAAUCACUCGUAACCUACGAACCCUUUUUGGUAUCGUAAUGGUAAUGAUGACAUGUGCUGAUUAAUUAAGAAAAUUUUUCUCUGAGAACCAUGCUAAGCUUUUUAUGAAACUUGUAAAAAGUUUCAUAAAAUUUUUCAUUUUUAUGUAACUUGUUGGUUAAAAAAAUCAACAUCCAAGUUUCCUAAAUUUUUUGAAACUUUUUACAAGUUUCAUAAAUGUGUGGUUUAUGAAACUGGAUUUAUGAAGACAGGAUAUCCCGCCGCUAAUACCGUCCAUACAGAAGUCAGAUGAGUCAAAGUAACUGUCGUGAGAGAACCUGAAGAAUGGAAUGAAGACGCAUUUCAUGUAGGCCUGAUUUAACAUCCUGUCUUCUGCUCCAGAUCCUUGGAGUUGUCGCGUUUGAAGUUUUACAAUCAAGGAAGCGCGUGAUACCUACAGUUCACAUUAUUCUUGAAUUGGGGACCACUACGCGCAAAUAAGAUAUGGUGUUUAAUGGAUGUAAUUUUGCUCAAUUGAACAUGAGUUCUAGAGUGAAUUUAGGUUGCCGACCUCCAUAUAGGCCUGUUCCAUCAUCAGUACGAACUACACAUGUGAAUGAAACUGAUGAUCUAACAGGCCUACCCAAAAUUGCUGUUCUCGAACGACCUCAAAAUAAUAAAAAUUUUCUAAGCCGUAUUCUUUUCAUUUACUAUUGUUUUUUUUGUUUUUAGUGUGCAACUGAAUUACCAAUUACAUUAAAAUUUCUCCAUACUGGUUCUGUACUUCUUGUCUCUACAGAAUCACAGAAAUCUGCCGAUAAUUUCUGUUUGUUUUGGAUUGCAUAUAAUUUUACUUUAAAUGUAACUGGUCUAUUUUUAAUUACAUAUGCAACAAUUGAACGUUAUUUACUCAUAUUUCAUAAAACAAUAUUCUCGAAAAAAAUUAAUCUAUUUCUAUUUCAUUAUCUAUCAAUUUUAUUUUCAAUUAUUUAUCCACUAUUAUUUUAUAUUGGUGUCGUACUAAUUUAUCCGUGUGAAAAUGAGUUUAGUUAUACAUCUUUUGUUUGUGGUCAACCAUGUUAUCAAUUUAAUGUAGUACCAACUUUAGUAGAAUGUUUUCUAAAUUUAUUUACACCUGUUUGUAUAACAACAAUUAUUAAUCUAUUAAUAAUUUUACGUGUACUAAUACAGAAACGUCGUAUGAAGCAAGCAUCAACAUGGAAUAAAAAUAAGAAAAUGGAUUAUUUGAAUUAUGUAACAUAUUUAGCUGCACUUGUAUGUCCAUUUGUUUGUAUUAUGGCUUUAUCCGAAGUACGAAAAAAAUUAAUAAUAAUUUAUCGCACUACGUACUGUUAUAGAAUGAUUCCGCAACAGCGUGUACGACCAUUAUUAACAGGAGUUACAGGAACAGCCAUAACUGCCAACGGUGGCGGCAACGAACGUGGUGGUGAUACGACAGGAAUGAUGUUGAAACCAAUGACAUCAACUGUUGUUGCCACUAUCAGCGGCGGUGGCAAUUUUGUGCCAGAAACAAAAAAACGAUGA